AUGGCGGCAUUGCAAAAGAACCGGAAGUGGGGCAUCGCUCUUCUUUUCAUUAUGAAGUGUGUCAUUGGGGGCGCCCGUGUCAGAGUGUUUGGGAGGGCUCUGCACGCCAUUGCGAGAAUCAGCGAUGAAUUUUGGAUUGACCCCAAGGAAAAAGGACUUUUCCUGAGGACGGUAAAUAAUUCUAGAUCGGCCUAUGCCUGUGUCUUCUUUUCAUCUGCCUUCUUCCAAAAUUAUUCCUAUGGAAAUGCCUCUGAACUGAGCCUGAAUGGGAACACUGUUCAACUCGCAUGCAAAUUAAUAAUAAAAGCCAUUCUGCCUUUGUUUCGAUGCUUGCACACACUGGAAAGAAAUGUGGAAGAGUGCAACAUUUAUACAGACGUGAGCGAUUGCCAUAUUGUUUUUAAGCUAUUCUGCAAACACGGUGUGGUGAAAACUCAUAGCUUAGCUUUCCAGGAGUGUGAACCUCUUCAAGCUGUGUUUGCAAAACAUUUGUGUACCAAUGUACUGAAAGUCCAAUCCAGGCAGCUGUCUGACAUCUUGAUCCAUUUUCCGAUGUACCAAGAAGAAAUAACUUUAGGUGUAACACCAAUGAAAGUUUGCUUCAAGACUUAUCUAGAGGAUGAGAUGGAAUUUGCAAAGGCAACGCAUACAGAAAUUCAUCUCAGUCCUGACGAAUUUGAGUAUUUUCAAGUCGGAGUGGAUUCGGAAGUCACAUUUUGCCUUAAAGAGCUGCGGGGUCUGCUGGUGUUUGCAGAGGCUGUCAGUGCCCCAGUCUCCAUUCAUUUUGAUGUUUCUGGAAAGCCAGUUGCCUUCAGCAUUGAGGAUACGGUAAUAGAAGCCCUGUUUGUGCUGGCCACUUUAUCCGAUACCGAAAGCUGCACAACGGCUAGUAAACCAACAUGCCUUGAACAAGGCCAAAACAGGGUCCCUGCCUUAGAGAGACGUAAUCAAGACAUCGUCAGUCGCAGGAGGAAUGCAUCCACAGCUCCCUCCGAGGGAUUUUCCACAGGAGAGGAACCAACUGAUCCCAGCUAUAAUAAGUUUCAUUCCUUGUUCUUCGGAGCAGUUUCCCCUAAUGAGCAAAGCGACGCCAAUUUACUUCACACUCUGGCCACAGUGAGCGACCCAGAAGAGGACUGCGCCCGCGGGCAGCUCUCGCCCACGUUUUAACCGCAGGGAACGUCCGUUGGUGAAGCAGGCAAGAAGGAGGAGCCGAGUUUGGCUUGCAGGAAAAUGUAGCUUUUGCUUAUUUUAGCCGCUCGAGUUACCCAAAUGGACGCUCCUGCUUCCUAAAUGUUGUUUUAUCUUCCACCUAUGGAUAUUGCAGCUUUUUCCAGAAUCCUUUAGUCGGUCAGAUGUGAUUAAAAGUUCUAAGUGUGUGUAAUAUUCAGUGAGCUUCCUUCAGUGUGGGA